CCAAAUUUGGCUCAAGAUGAAGGUAUGAAUACCCAAAACCACUAAACUGUAACUUGUGUGAAAAAAAAAAUUAACUCACCAACAAAUAUGACGUAACAGGUAGACGGAAUCCUUUUGGUUAUAUAAAGAAUCAAGAUGGGGAGAUUGCAGGAAACCGAUGAAUGACUGACGAGUUAAAAAGACUUAGGAAGAUCAGCGAGAGAGGAAACUAGUUAGUUUUAGAGUCUUGUGAAAUCGUAUCAGAGCAGCCACCAGAAAUGAGACAAGAUAUAAGUAUGAUGAAAGAUAAAUCGGAGAAUGAAUGGCUGAGACAGAAGUAGAAAUGGUUUAAGAUAUAAUUAAAGUGAUGGAUUAUGUAUCAACUAAAAAGCCGCAGAAACUGAGAAACAAAAAGUAGCGAUUGUCAAAUAAACGUGUCACCGAAAUGCCGGAGAGACUGUAAAGGAAACAUUAUAGGCCAUCAAUGAUAACCAAGAGAAAAAGAACUAGUGAUUGAAUUAAGAAAUAAACAGAUGAACCCAAACAAUACAACAAAGGCUUAAGGAUAACAGUACAUCUGAGUUAGGGAAAUAUAACGACCACAACACAGACGAAGACAUAACUGAUACACCAGAAGCGCCAUCCAAGCAAGCAAGAAGGUCCCUGCAGGAGCUGGGUGGAGGAGGCAAUCGGCCAUGAUCGUGGACGCGGUGAGGGUGUCUUGCGGGUCAGACGGUGUGAUGGCCGAGGAUGAUCCCCUCCGUCCCCCCUUCAGUCCUCCAGACCCUGGCCACAAUCCCAGCGAGGCCAUUCCCUUGUCGGCUGAAGCCCGGCUACACCCCCACAAUCCCAGCAAUGCCAAUUCCACUGCGGAGGCCAGGCUUCACUCAGAACCCCAGGCCAGCCUCAUAGAGACACAGCAGCAGGAUCAGAAGUGCACCGGGAAGAAUCUCUCUGGGGACACUAAGGGGUGCGGAGGUGAGGUGUGUGAGGGCUGCCACGACGUCAUCGUCGACCGCUUCCUUCUGAGGGUCAACUCCCGCUCCUGGCACCAGACCUGCCUGAGGUGCUGCGUCUGUCAGCUGGCCCUCGACCGCCAACCUUCCUGCUUCAUCCGCGAACACAACGUUUACUGCAAGACUGACUACACCAGAAACUUCGGUGCGCGGUGCGCUAAAUGUUGCCGCAGCAUUGGUGCAGCUGACUGGGUGCGGCGAGCACGGGACCGUGUCUACCAUCUUGCCUGCUUUGCGUGUGACGCCUGCAAGCGGCAACUCAGCACAGGUGAAGAGUUUGCUCUACACGACAACCGCCUCCUCUGUAAACAACACUACCUAGAAUCCAUCGAGGGUGGCGCUUCCAGCAAUGACGAGAGUGACGGCAGUGGUAAAGCGAAGAGUAAGCGAGUGCGCACCACCUUCUCGGACGAGCAACUACAGGUACUCCAGGCAAAUUUCCAGAUCGAUUCCAACCCCGACGGCCAAGACUUAGAGAGGAUCGCCCAGAUCACCGGCCUCAGCAAGAGGGUCACGCAGGUAUGGUUCCAGAACAACCGCGCCCGCCAGAAGAAGUACAUGACCCAAGGCAAGAGGCACCAUGCCCCCCCACCCACUCCUGUAGGGGCAGGUCAGUACUCUUCAGUGUUUCGACUUUCUCUCUGUGGCUUCCUGAAUAGACGCAGCCAUGAAUAA